GAUUGUGAAAGAACAUGGUCAUCAUGUUGGCAGGUUUGUCAAACUGAAAUGGAAAGUAAAGCUGAGUAACAGGAACAAAGCAUGCUACACAGUUUCCCUGUCCUCGGGGUUACUACAACCCUGAGUCAAUAACCCAAAGUGUGGACAGUUGCUUACCCUGCCCCCCAGGGCAUUACUGUGAGAAAGAAAAGCUCACCACUGUAUCAGGAAAAUGCAAAGCAGGCUGGUUUUGUGUAUCAGCCGCUUGGACAGCCCAGCCAUUUGACCUUGAUAACUACACGACUGCAAACUGUCUCUGCCCAGCAACAGCUACUGGGGGAAAAUGCCAGCCAGGUUUUUACUGUCCUGAAGGUAGUGUUGAGCCAAUACCAUGCCCACCAGGUGCUUUCUGCAAUGAUUCAGGUUUGUCAGAACCAAGUGGGAAGUGUAGCCCUGGAUAUUACUGUGUUGGAGGAGCUACUCAACCACAAAAUACUGAUGGCACCACUGGUAAUAUAUGUCCCCGAGGUUCUUACUGUGGUCCUGGAUCAGAGGAACCAACUCCAUGCCCACCAGGAACUUUCUCUGAUGUCCAAGCACUGUGUGAUGUGUCAGAAUGUUUACCUUGUGCAUGCUGGUUUUACUGUGAAAGCCCUGGACUCACUGUUCCAACUAAUCUCUGUUCUGAAGGAUUCUACUGUCCACCAGGUCAAAAUAUGAGUAGGGCUAUUGUUUGUCCUCCAGGACACUACUGUCCAGAGGGAAGUCCCAGCCCUAAAAUGUGUGACUCGGGUACCUGGCAGGAUUUGGAAGGCCAGGGGCAGUGCAAGCCAUGUGAAGCAGGAUAUUAUUGUGACAACAGCGUUGGACCAGUUAUUGAUUUUAAAUUUUACCCAUGCCCACAAGGGUAUUAUUGCCCUGUGGGAACUUGGGCUGCCACUCAACAUGGAUGUCCUCCUGGUACAUUUGGCCAGAGUGCAGGCCUGCAAGAUGUCAACGAUUGUCAACCUUGUUCUCCCGGGAAAUAUUGUGCAUCAUUUGCAUUGAAAGCACCUUCAGGAGAUUGUUUGAGUGGAUUUUGGUGUAAAAAUGGAUCCUACACUGAAAGUCCGAUUGAUGGGAAGACUGGAGAACCUUGUCCAACUGGAAACUACUGUCCAUCAGGAACCUCUACUCCCAUUCCUUGCCCAGCUGGUACCUGGUCAAACAGCACAGGCAGUAAAACCCAAGAGGAAUGUCAGCUUUGUCCUGGGGGAUGGUACUGUAACAGCACUGGACUUAAAUCACCAUCAGGACCAUGUGCCUCUGGGUACUACUGUACCAAAGGAGCUCCUUCUCCCAGGCCCACCGAUGGGAUUACUGGCAACCCAUGUAAGGUGGGCCACUUUUGCCCAGAAGGAAGUAUUGACCCCAUUCCUUGCAAAUCUGGAACCUACAUGAUGGCAACACAUGCAAGUGAGUGUCUGGUCUGUCCAGCUGGCAGAUACUGCAUUACUGGGUUGGAACCAUCACCAUGUCCUGCAGGUUUCUAUUGUCCAAAGGGAACAGAAUAUGACUGGCAGCCCUGUCCACGUGGAACCUACAGCCCUGUGGAAGGUUUGGCACGUGUCUCCGAAUGCAGACCCUGUGACAGAGGAAAAUAUUGUGCAUUUCAGAAUUCAGUGGAAGUCACGGGGGAAUGUUGGGAGGGGUACUACUGCAUGGAAGGAUCCGAAUCACCAGCACCUGACUUCAGUGUUAGAGGGAAUGCUGGUCCUUGUCCAGUGGGACAUUAUUGCCCUGUGGGAACAUCUAGUCCUAGGCCAUGUCCACCAGGAACUUUUAGCAACCAAUCCAAGCUGGUUUCACAGAGUGACUGCACCCCUUGUAUCUAUGGUCAUUACUGUGGCUCAGAAGGUCUCGUGACACCUUCAGGUGAAUGCUGGGGAGGUUUCUACUGCCUACAAGGAGCAAAAGUGCCAAGGAAUCCAGUCAUGGAUGGAACUGGAGGACCCUGUCCCUCAGGUCAUUUCUGUCCAAAUGGCACAGCUUUUCCAUUGGGAUGUCCUGCAGGAACCUACAAUGUUCUCGAAGGUCAGAGUACCUGCAGACCAUGUGUUGAAGGAUACUUCUGUCCUUCAAAUACUUCAUCUUAUGAAAAUAAUAUCUGCUCGCCUGGCCAUUACUGCCCUUCAGGAACAGGAUCUAAAGAUAAGUUUCCCUGCCCCAGAGGAACUUACAAUCGACAGUCAGGAAGGAUCAGUAUUUUGGAUUGUGUGCCAUGUGAUGCAGGACAUUACUGUGAGCAAGUUGGUCAAGAAGAUGUCACAGGACUCUGUGCUGCUGGUUAUUACUGCAUGAGGAUGGUCACAACUCCAACUCCCAAUGAUGGUAUUUCUGGGGCAGCUUGCCCUCCAGGACAUUUCUGUGUCAGUGGAGCUACUGCUCCUCAACCAUGUCCAGUGGGUUAUUAUAGCAACAGCUCUCAGAACUCUGGGAUGGAAGAUUGCCUCCCAUGCCCACCAGGAUUUUCCUGUGACAGGAAAGGACUCACUUCACCUUCCCAAGCCUGUGAUGCUGGGUUUUAUUGUCCAUCUGCCCAGAAUUCCAGCAGACCAGCUCCUUUCGUCUGUGCUAAAGGAAACCGGUGCCCACAGGGGAGUGCGGAACAACAACCAUGUUCCUCUGGCACAUAUCAGGAUCAGGUUGGGCAGGUACAAAGUACAAAAUUAUUCAUGUUUUACAGCAGAUGUGUAUAG